GGGUGGGGGUUCUCUCUCCCCCAUAGAGCGCAGCAUGAGCGCUCCGCAGCAAAAGGAUGUGUGAGCAGGCAGCGCGCUACUGUAGGGACGGAGUCCACAAACUGCUGAACAAAGAACAAGCCAAACUUCGAGCCCAAGAAAGCCGCGAGCAGCCGAAACCCGUAGCCGGUCAGGACAGCGAGUCCGCAACGGCAGCGCAGUCCGGAAACAGCGGCGCCCAGCCCGGUGGAAUCGACGGGCUCGUCCGCUGGAUCGUCACCAAAAUGAGCGACAACAAGAACAUCUCCAGCCGGGAGUACGCCUCCAGUAAGGAGGAGGUGGCCGUGGCUCAGGAGCAGUUCUUCGCUCCGGAACCGCGGAGAGGCAUCUCCGUUAUUUUGGAUAUUUUCAGAAGAGCUGACAAAGAUGAUGACGGGAAGCUGUCUCUGGAUGAGUUCCAAGCAUUCUUCUCAGAUGGCACGCUGAAUGAAGAGGAGCUGGAGAAGCUAUUUCACACCAUUGACUCUGAUAACACCAGUAAUGUUGACACUAAGGAACUCUGCGACUACUUUGCUAAGCACAUGGGAGAUUAUGAGGGAGUUCUGGCUUCUCUGGAAACGCUCAACCUUUCCAUCCUCAAAGCCAUGGACUUCACCAAACGGGUGUAUGAGAGGGGAACCAACGUGGAGCAAUUUGUUACCCGUUUCCUGCUGAAGGAGUCAGCCAAUCAGAUCCAGUCUCUCCUGAGCUCUGUGGAGAGUGCUGUGGAUGCCAUCGAUGAGCAGCACAGCCAAUCAGGUCAUCUACCUGCCAAAGUGAGUCCACGGAUGUCAGGGAAGCGCUACGAAAACACUGUCCCUGACUAUCCCCCUAAUAACAGAGUCAGCGCCAAGGAGGCUGUCAGGACCAUCAAUACUGCUUCAGGUGCAGUGGAGGUGAGGAAAGAAGGUCUGGAGGUGCAGAUCAACCGUCUAGCUGAACUCAUCGGACGACUGGAGAAUAAGACGGUCUGGUUUGACCUGCACCAGAGGCUAACAGACACAGAUGGCACCACCAGUGCAUCUUUGCUGCUGAUUCGUCAGGAGAUGGUGGUUUCCCAGAAGCAGCUCGGUGAGUUCUGUGAGGCUCUGAAGCAGUACCUGAAGAACGUCUCCGCUCAGAGAGACUGCUUUCAUGUGACUGCAGUGCGUCUGCCAGAUGGUUUAUCCUUUGUCGUCUAUGAGUUCUGGGAUGGCGAGGAGGAGUGGAAGAGGCACCUCCAGUCGGCUCCCAACAAAGCCUUUCAGCAUGUGAAGGUGGAUACACUGUGCCAGCCGGAGGCUGUGUCCUCUGUAGCCGUGCCAGCCGUCUGGUGCAGCGUGAACAGGGACUGAGCAUGAAGAUAUUCGACUACACGCCAAGACUCCUGACACUCCUCACUUCUUUAACUCCUUCCCCUCCUGCCCUAAAACCUUUUUUUCUCCUCUACGUUUCACCCACCCCAAUCCCCACAACCCCCAAACUCCCUCAACUCUUUUUGUAAGUACAUGUUUACAUAGUGCAAAUGAAUGGUGUCAACUGCGGUGAAAAUUGAACAAACAGUGCAUUUUACAACGUGAGAUUACUAAAACAUGUUUGCAUCUCAUCAUGGUAGUUUGCUGGAUUUCAAGAUUUUGGAUUACUUCAUGUACAUGUUUCUAAUAGCUUUGAGCCACUGUAAGGUGGAGAUUGUCAUGUAGCAAGGACCCCGAAGGUUGAGUUUUCCAUGUAGCAGCUUUUCAGUAGUCAGUUUGGGAAUGCAGCUGAUCACCACAGAUAGCUCAUCUGUGUAGCUGUCAUUUUAUAGUAGCUGCUUAUUAUUCAUCUGUGAAUAGUAUAUAGUAGACUUUUGUUUAUUUAUUUAUUUCAUAACUGACCAAAUUACCCUCGCAUCAGCCAUGACUUAAUAAAAUAAAGACUCGGAAUACCUAGUUGACAGAUUAGUUUGCGUUCUCAGGAAAACAGAGAAGUCUUUAGCUAGCUGGAUGUUAUUUACCCAAAGCCAUCUAAAUAUGACAUUUAGCCUAGAACUUUAUUUGGGAAACUGAACAUUGGCUCUGGAUAAACAAGUGAUUUUAAUAUGAGAGAAGAACCACUGAAAGGUAGAAUAAUGUGGUUAUUUUCCUGUACAGUUCCAGCUGUUCACCAGUAGAUGAAUAGGAAAGAAACAGAUGUGCUAUCAGACAACAGUGGUUCCAGUAGUAACUUUAAGUCUUCGCAUAACAAUCAGUAGAUGACCCCAUAAGGUCACCUUUUAAAGUUAAUAAUCUUAUAAUGACCAAGUAUAUCUGACCUCCUCCAUAAUUUUCUGAUUUUGUUGCCUUCGUUUGUUCUGUUGCACUCUCUUAAUCUCUUUUACAUUCACUCUGUAUACAAUGGCUGUUCUGAGGGUAAUGUCUCUGAUGGUUUACUGGCUGUUACACGGUACUGUUUCUUUAAAGUGCAGCAAAUCCCUUUGACCUGACACCAGCAGAAGAAGGCCAGCUGAUGUCAGGUCUUCUCAAGGAUUUGCACGUGUAGAUGCUAACACAAAUUCCCACUAGUGUUUCUCUGUGUGGUUUUAUUUUAAUUUAACACUUUGGGGUUAAAGAGUCAAAUCACUGCGCUUUGACAUCAGGGCCAUUUAAGGGAUCGUUUCUGACGCGACACGUCCGCUACGUUGAGAAAGCGACUGCUUAGAGAGACAGGCAGCACCUCACUGAUCUCCAUGCAGAUAAACUCGGUUUGAUUUUUGCCUUCUGUUCAUGCAUUCCUUGUCUGAAUUGGUGAUGGGUUGCUUAUAUUAGCUGUGUAAGUCUAGUGGAGAUUGUACAUAUGAAAAUGUUGUUCUGUUAUGAUUAUAUUUGUAUUUACUGACAUCUUUUAGUGCUAUGGUACAAAUCUUAUCCUCAGUGAAAGUGGCAGUAGCUUCACAGGUGCUGCAGCUUCUCUAAACUGUUUGUUUGAAUUCAAAUAGCUACCAUCUGAAACAGAUAUAUGAAUCUGAAGAACACUGAAUAUAAAGCCUUAAACAUCACCACAUGGUUGAGGAGGUAAAGGGUUUUAAAAGACAACUUCUUUUUGAUGCAUUUUAAAUUCCCUGGAAGCAGAGAAUUUCCCACUUUCAGUGUAGACAUCAGAUUGUGUUUCAUUAAUAUAUGACAUUAUUACCACGAUGAUAGGUCUAUUCAGCUAUUAAACAUAUCACUGAAAGAAUAACCUUGAAUUUGAAAUAAACCUUCACAACACUUAGCAUACUGUAGCAGUUAGAUGAACCACCUCAGCAUUAAUAUCUCGAACACGUGAUCACAUGUAUUGCCACUACUGAACCCACCUUUAAGUGCAAAAAAGUUAAUGAACAGGAGGAUAUUACAGAAAGUUACAGCUCUUGCAAAUUCCAGGACAUCAGGGUCAAAUGCAGGAUGGAUCCGAUGACUUAUUCGACCUUUACGUUAAAACCCCGAUGAGCAUAUUAUUCGGACGUGACAUCAACAGUAUUGUUCGGUAAAGUCUGAAAACCGGCUGAGUUCAGUCUUCACUUCACAUCGGCCCACACACUCUGGAGAAAAGUGACAUAAAAUCAGAGUAGAAAUGUUUUUGCUUUUCGCUACAGCUUCAGUGCUGGGCUAAUGCCAUGUUCUUAGCAAUAGAUUUGACCCCAUUCACCCCGGGAUGAACACAGUAUGAAGGUCAGAAUCCCGCAUACGCCUCCUCGUCGCCACUGUAAGCCCUACACUGUCAAACAAUCAGAUUAAAAAAAGCACAAUGUAAAAAUGAGUGAAUAUUGUGACUUAAGCAUAGUAGAGUAUAUUAGAGGUCAAUGAGUAUGAUGAGAGUAUGUAGAUAUAUUACUGUCUAACUGGGUAAAGACUUGUUAAUGAAUCACUCCUCCGUUACAGCAUUAUUCUUUCAAAGGUGCCAUCUUGCCAUCCACCUCACUGUUGAGUCUAUUCUCUCUUCACCUGUGAAGACAGCGAGUCUGUCAUCUGCUGGCACUGUGGUGGCAGUGAGUGGGAAUCCAGCUACACUGACACUAAUGUUGAUUGUUACCUACUUUUAGAACUCUGGGCUGCGCUCAGCGGGGCAUGACUGUGUGACACGUGGAAGUGUUGAACAUUAUGACAUAUAUGGUAACAGAAAUAUGUAUAACAAUAGACUUGUAGAACAGGCAUGCAAAAGCAGUAUUGCAUUAUCUGUGAAAAUGUAUUUACCAACCUGUGAGUGUCUCUUUUAAAGGUACCCUGUGGAAGUUUGGACCACUAAAAGCAUUACAGAGCAGAGAUUUCACAAAUAUAGCAAUGAAUGUGUUAAAAAAACAGUGUAUUGGGGCUAUAAAGAGAUCUGCUUUGUUUUAUAAGGAAGAAAGCAGCGUAAGAGGGGCUGUUGCUGUGCCACUUAUCAUCUAACUUGUUGUUUUGAAAUGGUCCAACUAAAAUGGAAUUUGCAGGGCUUAAGAAUAAAUCUAGGUGCUAAUCUGGACCUGACAAAGUUUCAAAACCAAGUCUUUCAGAGGGAUUCAGCAAUGCAAUGGCUUGUGCAACUAUCUGACUUCUGAAAUUAAAGUAUCAAAACCUUAAGUGACUAAGUAGAGAUUAAGUUGCAAAAUACAAAAAGUACAUUGACAUGACUUAAUGAUCAUGAGAUGUGUCUGUUGGUUCUCCAUGAUGCAAGUUAAGGUAGUCUUAAAAGCUUGAAAAGAAGGCCACUUAAAUACUUAAAGUACCUUGAGGUGGUCAGGUUUGAUUUGUGAUCUGUUAAUGCAGUCUGUAUACUGUAUGCAGUUACUACAUUAGCCCCACGAGGUGAAAGGUUAGCCAAUAACCACCUGUUUAAUAUUAAAACCACAAUACUUUGUUUACAAGAAAAACUCCACAGGGUACAUUUAACCUCUCACUUGUUGGGAAAAAAAACCCCAACAUAUACAUAUAUAUACAUAUACAUAUAUAUAUAUAUAUAUAUAUCAAACUCCAAUCCUAUUUGCGUUCAAGAAGGAGCUACUGUAUUCUCAAUACAAACAAAGCCAUACUGCAUGGAUUAGUGUUUACAUGUAAGUGAUUUACUAUACCGAUAGCCAUAGAUUUACAGUACUCAAGCCUGGCUGAGUGCAACCCACGUGUUCUAAUUAAGGGAUCUCCCUUUGUGUACAUUGUGCCCAGCUCGGCUGGGUUGUGUAUAUGGGAUCGAUAGUAAGUGAAUGGUCAGAAACACCAGUACUGUUUCCUGUUGAUACAUUCCUGAAUGUCCCUCAGACUGUGCAACCUGUUCUUUUUCUAUCCUCCUACUCCUCAGUGCAACCCGUGCUUCGUCAUACAAUGAAAGAGUUAUGCCACUGAAAUGUAUUGAAGCAUGGCUGAGCAGAACGUUUCCUGGCAACAUUGUGAAAAGAUUAAACGGCAGAGGACCUACAACAUGUUGAGAUCAGGCCUUCUGUAGGCAUGGAUCAGUUUAUGUAAUUGUGGGGAUAAACAGGAAACGUGUCACCUGGUUUACCUCAAGAAGUGUUACAUAGACACCGUAAAGGUGACACCAUAGACUAUAUAUAAAAGAUGGCCAUAGCCACCAUGAUGUCACCAAUCGGUUCUUGACUGUGGCUCUAUGAUGCCACCCAGACUCCUUUCCUUCCUCCUGCAAGUGCAUGGUGGGAUGCAGGCCUGAUUCACAGAAUUGUUCAAUUCAGUUUAAACACAAUAGCUUUCCAAUACCAGUCUUUUCACCCAAGGCAAACAUUCAAAAAACUAAAGUCACGAGAGAAUGACAUUAACCACAAUAAAACCAUGUCGGUCUUUGAGUGGCUUUUUAAGAUGGGUUCUUAAAAAUGACAUCCUGAAGGUCAUCAACAAGCUUUUUGCCAUAUGCAGUGCAGCAUUUGUCUCCACCCUGCUCUGCAGAUAUAUCAGACAGAAUGUAUUUCACAAACCUGAAGCUCCUCUAUCUAGAUCCUUUCUAAAAACCAACUCAACCUGGCCAUAAAACAGCCGCCCAGAAUAGGAAAUACAAUCUGCAUGAGUGAUCAUGACCUACCCUACCAUCACAAGUAUUGCAAACCAAAGAACCACUUUAAGCUCUACACAAAAGACCUCCUUACCCAUUGCAACAUAUACCCCAACUACUCUGAACCACUAGCAACCUUUGCUAUGGUGACUGCACAAACACCUUGAAAAGAACUUCCCAAGAACACCAGAGUGCAGCUGGCAUUAACCCAAUAUUUGGCUUCCCUUGCAAGGUAGAACCAAGUGUCAUUAUCUGAGAUUUCUAUAUAAAGACUGCUCCCCUUGCCUUCACACAAGACAUGCAGGCUACAUCCAUCUUUUAUUUAGAGUCUAUCCAAGAGUACAAGCCAAUUAGUAAUUUGCCAAACUGACCGACAUCGAGGCCAUAACUCUUCCUUUCUAUGGCUGUGUUCUUUUCUAUUCUUCAACUGAGUGCAUGUCAACUGAAUGUCCAGUAACUUCUUUGCUGUAGUAUUAGGCAAUGCUACUCAAUGGGUUUUGUGCAUUUCUUACCUUCUUUGUUUUCUAGUAUUCCUAUGAAAGAGACAGAGACUUAAAUCUAUUAUAUAAAAUAUAUGACUAGAAAAAUGGCAUUCAAGAAUGAACAGAACUUUUAUGGCGAUGUUUAAUUAAAUAUUAAUUCUUAAUGUAUGUUUCAGUAAAAAAAAAAAUGCUUUCUCUUCUUAAGUGUAGAGACUUAUUGCAGGGAUGCAAGUAUUAUAUUUGGUCUUUAAAGAAUAUCUUGUUGAAAUUCUAGAUGAUGUAGAGUGAUGCAAUUCAAUAAAACUAUAAAACUGAAAACUGUGCUGUAUGGCUUUGAUAUUAAAUGCUGCUGGUUAUUGGGAA